CGAGGCUCAACUUUACCGAGUCAACCCUCACUCGUCCCACGGAGGGGGCCUUGGACGGCGCAAGACGGUACUUGGGCUCACAUCACAUCAUCUUGGCUCCAGGUCAAUUAGAUCGGCUUCCGUCCCAUUCCAGCUGCGCUUGUCCUGCCGCAUUCGAACUCACCUUGGGCCGGAACCCCUCGCGAUAUAAAAACCCUCCACACGACCCACAAUCCACCCCUCCGGCCUCCUGGGCCUCCACAGCAAAUACCCUCAAGCUCUUCCAACCCCUCGCACAAAAAGGUAGCCAACUCCGGCAAGCUCUCCUUCGACUUACUCGUCACUAGCCGACACGUACUCGACACCGACCGACGUCAUCACCACAGCCAACACAACCCCAGGUCAGCAACCCAACCCGAGUCCUCCCCCAUCUUGCAACCCCCUACCGAGUCCAACCUGGUUUACUCACCGGCUCAAGAUACAAGCAAAACCAGCCAAGAUGGGUGUCACCGUUCAACAUCACGAGGAGGGCACUGGCGCACAGCCAACCCCCGGCCAGACUGUCACCAUUGACUACACCGGAUACCUGAAGGACGAGUCCAAGCCCGACAACAAGGGCAACAAGUUUGACAGCUCCAUUGGCCGCGGCGACUUCGUCACCAAGAUCGGCGUUGGCCAGGUCAUUAAGGGAUGGGAUGAGGGCGUCGUCCAGAUGAAGGUUGGCGGCAAGGCCACUCUCAACAUCACCAGUGACUACGGCUAUGGUGCCCGUGGCUUCCCCGGCCACAUCCCCCCCAACUCGGACCUCAUCUUCGACGUCCACCUGAAGAACGUCCAGUAGAUGUGGGAGGAGCAGACGAAAAAAGGAACCGUAGUUAGACAUUCGCUUGAUCCCUAGCGGAAAGGCUGAGAAUAAAGGCCCCCAUGGGAGCUUGACACCCACUGCACUGCACGUUCCGAUCACUUUGUGAUGUGCCCCUUGCUUGCGCUCCUUCACGAAAGUCCGUUUGUGAGAGAGCCGAAGGUUGCACCUGGCAUAGUGAGUGACCACUGUGAUUUGGCGAGGCAGCAAGGAGCGAACGAACCACACCUAAGGAAUAUGCAUGUCUCUGAUCCUGCGGCGGAGACGUCUUUCUCAAGCUUGUUUGCCGUCAUAACUUGAAAUGGGUCGCACGUAGGCUCGACCACCCACCCACCUCACUCUCCAACCAGCCAUAAGGCCGAAGAAAGGACUGUCUAACAUUAUCACCAUCG